AUGACCGAGUAUACUGCAUCGUCGCAAGCUCUUCGCCAGUAUAUGACCUCCCGCGAGAGGACUGCUUAUUGGGUCAAAUCUCAUGAGCCAGAGAAUGCGUUCUAUUCGCCGUCGGCUCCUCCUACAGUCAUAGAUGACUAUCUACCUCCCUCCUCACCACCUUCAGAAGUGGGAAGCGUUCGAUCCGUUCCCCCGAAAAUGUUUCUCCGGUAUAACGACGGCCGACCAGACCAACCGAUUCCUUACUCCAGUAAGACACCUGGUGGCAUGACCAGUUCCAAUGGAUCAGGACGUCAAAUAUCGCAGCCUCCUCACUCACAACGGACGAGGUCGGGUUCUCAGGGAACCUCUCCACUUGGUCGAUCCCAUCCCCACCGUCCCGACGACCGUCCGCGCCCUCCACCAUUGAAACCGGAAGAGAUCCGCAUUUUACCGUCUCAGGGUGAAGUUUUUACUUCCCCAACUUCUUCCUCGCGCCAUACUCGGUCAAAAUCUCUUCCACGAACUACAGCUGAGCUCCGCCCCUCAGCGUAUGCUCUAGACGUCCCUCAGGUACCUUUCUUCCCUCCGCCAUCUCACCGUUCCCCAACUCCCUACCAAACUCCACCACAUUCAGCCGGCGCCGUACCCGGACAGCAGAUUAGCUUUGCACAACCUCCCCUGAGGCAUCAACAGCCAGGGAGGCACAGCAAUUCGAGGCAACCACCUGCUAUUAUUUACGCACCUUCGCAUCACGCAAAUCGAUCCCAUUAUGCUCCUCCAGCCAUUCUUCACCACCCGCCUCAAAUGGGUCCGAACGGCAUGAUUUACAGCCAUUCAGCACCCGUGGGAUCCGCGCAAUAUCCGCCUGCUGUCGCGACACCUUAUCCGUCGGCUGGUGGAUCAGCGCAUCACCACUCCUCUUCGUUGCACGACGUACGCCGCGGGCGGGAGUUCUAUCGCGAACGGGGUCGUGCUGCUUUUCAAGGAACUGCAACUAGGAUUAUUAGUCCUUCAGCGUCAUCCACAUCUCUAGCGGAUACUCAUCAUUCUGGAAGCACCUACUACGUUCUUCCAGCCCAUCAUGGCCAAAAAGUACACGUUAUUGCACCCAGCCGUGAGCAAUCUGUUGACACAGCAACAUCGACAACGGCUACAUCACCGUAUGCACAGAGCUUCGGAAAAAAACCAUUUUUCCAGCGACUGUUCAGUUUUGGCGGAAAGUUCUCAUCCGGGGGCUCUUCGAAAGCCGCUCCCACUGGUGGCAGGAAACUUCAUCGCCGACAUUCUACUGGCCCUUCUGCUCGCCCCAGGGUAGUUGCGUAG